UUUGUGGAAGCUCGCUCUCUGAGUUUUGAUUCCAUUUUCUCAUGGGACCUUGCAGCGCUGCCAGACACACGCCGGAGGAAGCUUUACCACGCCCCUUCACUUGUUAAAUGAGUGCUCAAACUACAUCGAAUUUAUACAGUUGUGUCAAGUAUUGUUUCGGCGCGAAUCAACGCAGAUCGCCCCUCCCGUGGUUUUAGGUCCUUACUAACUCAUAAAUAUGCCGCUUCAAGAUGUGAAGUCUGCGGCAGACGUGGCGGCGGUGGCGAGCUCGGGCAAGCCGGCGGUGCUGUACUUCUGGGCCAGCUGGUGCGAGCCCUGCAAGCACAUGGACGCAGUGCUGGGGCAGCUCGCAGCAGACCUGCCCGGACUGGCCUGCUUGAGGGUGGAAGCUGAGGUGGUGGAUGACGUGACGCUGCAGUACGACGUCACCACCGUGCCGUACUUUGUGUUCCUCAAGUCUGGUGCGGUGGUGGACCGGCUAGAGGGGGCCGACCCGCCCGCACUCACCGCCAAGGCCACAGCACUGGCACGGGGGGGCCAGGCAGCCACCACCUCCGCACCCGCGCCUGGCGCCACGCCUGCCGCUGGUGCCGGUGCUGGUGCCGCCGCCCCCGAAGACAAGGCGGCUGUGUUCGGGCGCAUCUCCUUCCUGCUCAGCAACUGGCCGGUGGUCUUGUUCAUGAAGGGCUCGGGCGAGGCACCCCGCUGCGGCUUCAGCAGCAAGGUGGUGGCGGCACUGCAGAAGCUGGGGGUGGCGUUCAAGUCGGUGGACAUCCUGUCUGACGAGGCGGUGCGCCAGGGGCUCAAGGAGUACAGCAACUGGCCCACAUACCCGCAGCUGUACGUGAAGGGGGAGCUGGUGGGCGGCUGCGACAUCGUGCUGGAGAUGGCGGGGUCGGGCGAGCUGGAGGCGCUGCUGCGGGACAAGCUGGGGCGGGACUUCCAGGCGGUGGCGGCGGCGGCCGUGGCUGCAGGGUCCUCCGCAGCCCCCGCUGCUGCAGCCCCCGCUGCUGCCGCGCCCUCUGCCGCUGCCCCCUCCUCUGAGGACGCGGGUGCGGUGCAGGAGCGCAUCAAGGCGCUGCUGGCCGGACCCAAGCCCGUGAUGCUGUUCAUGAAGGGCAGUCCGGAGCAGCCCCGCUGCGGCUUCAGCAGGAAGGUGGUGGAGGCGCUGCAGUCUGAGGCGGUGGAUUUCGGGGCCUUCGACAUCCUGUCUGACGAGGCGGUGCGCCAGGGGCUCAAGGAGUACAGCAACUGGCCCACGUACCCGCAGCUGUAUGUGCGUGGGGAGCUGCUGGGCGGCUGUGACAUAGUGCUGGAGAUGAAGGCGGCGGGGGAGCUGGGCAGCACAGUGCAGGAGAUGCUUCACCGCAUGGAUGUGGCGUGAGGCGGUGUGCGCGCGGACUAUACGGCACUUCGGUUACAUAGAUUCAUGAGUGGCUGAUCAUCUUGUCCAUGCUGGGUCGACCAGCGUUGCAUCUGCUAUUCAUAUAUACCAGUGCAUUAUAGGCACGCUCACAGUGUGGUGUUAUGAUAAAGCGGGCGUGUUAAGGCAGAUUUUAGAAACAUGUUCGCGCCAAAGCGCACUCGCGCCUACCGAACGCGCUCCGCUGCAAAAGAAGAGUAUGGCAGCGCUCACAAGGUCUGGAUCCCUGAAGUUGUGGAACGCAUCGCUGGCUUUUUGCCCCAAAACGAGGUGGUUCUGACGCUGCGGCUCGUGAACAAGGCGACAGCAGA